CCUCCUCCCCCCAAUCCAGACCCACCGAUUCCGCCUCUGGGGCUGGAGGCAUCGGCGUCUUUCUCCUCUGUCUUUGGGGGCGCUUGUGGGGCGGCAUCCAUGGCUUUUGCUGGACUCCCCCUGAUGCUGCUGGUGGGGGCGCUGGCCCGGAUCCCCGGAAGCGAAGAGGGGAAGGAGACCCCCGCCCAUUUCCUGCACCAGGGGAAGGGCGAGUGCCGCUUCCUCAACGGGACGCAGCGGGUGAGGUUCCUGGUCAGGUACUUCUACGACCGGCAGGAGAUCGUCCGCUUCGACAGCGACCUCGGGAAGCACGUGGCCGUCACGGAGUUUGGGAAGGCGUUUGUGGACAAGUGGAACAGCGAUAAGCAAUUCAUGCAGAUCAUGAAGGCCGAAGUGGAUUCCUUCUGCCGGCACAACUACGGGGUGUACAGCUACAAGACGUCCAAGGAGGAGCGCCUAGUUGGCCGGAGAGCCAAGCCCACCGUCACCAUCUCCCCCACCAAGAUGGAGCCCGAUUCCCCCAACAUCAUCCUCCUCUGCAUUGCGACGGGCUUUUACCCCGUGGAGAUCGAGAUCCAGUGGCUGAAGAACGGCCAGCCAGAGAAGGAGGGCGUGGCCUAUGGGGAGGAGCUCCAGAACGGAGACUGGACCUACCAGCUCAUGGUGAUGCUGGAGACCCAGCCCCAGCGGGGGGACGUCUACACUUGCAAGGUGGAGCACGCCAGCCUGGAGGCCCCCAUCACUGUCCAAUGGGAGCCCCGUACCUCCAGCUCUGCCAAGAGCAAACUCUGGACGGGGAUAAUGGGAGCUGUGAUAGGAGUGGCCUUCUUUUCGGUGGGGCUCUUCUCUUACCUGAGGGCCAAGAAAGCAAUUCCCAUCCAACCUCCUGCAGCACUCAUGAAUUAAUCCUGUUCUCUGAUGCAAAAGGAAAUGAUUUCUUUAGUAGCUGAUACGUCAGCCUCUGCUUUGCUGCUGCUUCGGCUGCCAUUGAAACGGGGAGGAGGGGCAUGGUAUUUGGGAGGGGUUACUAAUUGUGCUGGAGGAAGAUUCUGGAGUUCUGCUGCCUGUCGGACUGCGCAUGCGGAGGAGGUUUCCCGCCAAGGCCAACGGCACCGACAUUCCAUCUUGGUGAUGCCUUUCGAAGUUAUCUCACACCUGACAAUUGGGAGAAUUAUGAUUGGACUGUAACUGGGAUGCCAAGGGGUGGGGAAUGGGUUAUUCUAUAUAUCGCUCGCUUUCGCGCCUAAAUAAUCAGUCUUCGCUUUGCUACGCUUCUGAUCAUUUAUAAUUAGUAAAAGUACACUUGAUUUCUAUCAAUGGAGUCUUGUGGUUUUCUUUCCUAAUUACUCAAUGAAGGAGUGCUGACAUGAUGAUUCUUUGUUCUGUUUGCAACCUCUGAGAAAUGGAGGCUGAAGUGGCAGGUUGGGGAGAGGAGAAGAAUUUCAACCUGGACCUUCUGCUGCUGAGACUCCCCCCAGGCUUCCUUUGAGGGCCUCCCUUUCUUGGGAGGGAGGCUUGCAGACAAUCUAGAUUGCCCCCAGGAAUGCUGGGUGAACCUGUCCCUCCAGCCCCCUCAUCUCUCCUAGCUUUGAACCCACAGCAGCUUCAUCUACAUUAUUCUUACUAUUAAUCACUUCCCUUCGCUUUGCUAUAAAGAAAUAAACUUCUGAUGUAAGAAAACCCUGGAAUUCUUCCUUCCUUCCUCUUCUUCCUCUUUCCUGCCCCCACAGGAGGCUCC